AGAGUAUGGCGUCGUUUGUUGGCGUCGUUUACGUUUCCACUUGCACUGUUCCAGGUUUCAGCACAGCUCAGUUGCCAGUUUGAGUGCAAUAAACUCAACAGUUGUUUACCUUUUGUGGGGAACACGUCAACAUAAAGAAAUCUUCAAUUACACUUUGCUGGGAAACUGAACAAGACCAGUUUUGGUAGUUUAUCCGAGAGACUCUAGAAGAAAGGAAUCGUAUUAUGCAGCCGUUCAUCUAGCUAGUUUCUGUAUUCUGGCAAAGAAAACCAGCUCUGUUUUUGUCUGUCCAUUAGAAAUUAUCUUUUUUUUUGUCGACUCGCCACAUUUGUUCGUCUUGGGAGUUGAGCUGAGAGCGGACUAUGGAGUCGUCGACCACUGGUGUAGUGAUUGGCACAUUCAUCUUAGCCAUAGCCAUCUAUGUGUUAAUAUCUCUCUUCAAAGGAGAGGAUAAAAAGGACGAGGACUCCUCAUCAGGAACAGCGAAAAAGGGCAAGGAUCAAGCUGAGAAACCCAAGGCUGCAUCAGCGGCGGCGGCAGCGGGCGGCGGCAAGAAAAAGCUCCAGCCGGCCAAGCUGAAGAAGAUCGACCUGUCCUCGCACCCGUGCCUGGCCGCGGACCUGAGAGGGCACACGGCCCCCGUCCUGGGGCUUAGCGUCGACCCGUCCGGCGACUACCUGGCGUCUUGCUCCGAAGACCGUACGAUACGCAUUUGGUACUCGAAUGACUUCUCGACGAGGGAUCACAGGUACCAUCGUAUCAACGUGGAGCUCGACCAUGCCAAGUCACUAUGCUUCAGUCCCGACUCCAGAGCUCUUGUGACAGCUCUAGACGACGCCCAGGCCAUCCGGGUGUUCAAGCUAAAUCGCAAGAAGGACGGUACCGUCCAGGGCUCCUCUGUCAUCCUCGACCUGCAGAAGGUUCACUCUUUGCCUAUUCUCAACGUGGCUAUAGCCUCUACUGGCAAGUUCAUGCUGACCGCGUCUAGUGACAACAAGAUUGUUAUCUGGACACCAAAAGGAGAUGUUCUGGAGUCCAUUGACACUCGUCAGGUGACUACACACUGGGCUGCUAUCUCCCCGUGCGGACGAUUCAUCGCCUCGGCUGGUUUCACAUCCGACGUGAAGAUUUGGGAGGUGAAGUUUAGCAAGUCGGGCGAGUUCCUUGCUGUUAACCGUGCCAUGGAGCUGAAGGGCCAUACCAGCGCCGUCUACCAUUUCAGUUUCUCUGCCGACUCUAAGCGAAUGGCGACCGUGUCGAAGGACGGUCAUUUCAAGGUGUGGGAUAUUGACGUGAACUUUGAAUUGCGGCAAGACCCCAAACUGCUGACGGACAAGGACCACUUUGCACAGCUUGGUAGCAGCUCUAGUGAUCCGAUGUUAGCCGCUAUCUCCCCGGAUGCCACAACGGUGGCUGUAGCUUCUGACCGUACUGUGUCCGUGUACCGUGCCGACGGUACUGAUGUCAAUAUGUAUGGCGUCGUGCAUGGAGCGGACAUCACCUCGCUGGCGUGGCAUCCCGACUCUCGGCUACUCUGCUCUGCGGGCGCUGACAAGCGUGUGUGCGUCUGGCACAACCUCACCGGUAUGCAGGCCAACAUAGAGCAGCUUACGACGAAGAUCCGCUCCACACGCGCCGACACUGUUCGCACUCGCCUCCAAGGACAACUCGAUGAGCUCAAGACACGUGUCGACGACAUUCAAGCACUCCGUGCAGUGGCUGCCACUGCCUGAGUACCGCUUGCCAGAAACGACAGCAUCAGCAGCGUUACUGUCAAUGCACCAUUAUAUCUAUGAGGAGUAUGCAAGCGCCUAUGUGUGCACAUGUGUGCAUGCGUGCGUGUGUGCGGCGCUACUGUCAAUGCACCGUUAUAAUUAUAUCUAUGAGGAGUAUGCGUGCGUGCCUAUGUGUGCAUGCAUGUGUGUGUGUGUGUGCGAGUGCGAGAGAGACGAAGUAGCGUUAUCUAUUCUUCAUUGCUUGCUUACGCUGUGGCAGGAAGCAGAGUGCUUGCGCUGGUUGAAUUGCACUGUUGUCGCAUGUCAGCCCUGCAUAACACUAGCUAUCUCUCCCCACAAACACUCCACAGUUGCCCUGGCAACACUUGCCAUGCUUAUAAUUUGCUCCUUCAUUCAUUGGCUCCGUUACUUGCUUUAAUGUCUCUCUUUUUUCGGUAAUUCCAACCUUCCCAGAUAUUUCCUAUUUUACCUGUCCUUUUACCUGUCCUUUUCCCUUGGUUUGUACCUGCUCCCGAAACACACCAUCAACAUACGCUUAUAGGCGAUUCA